AUGACACCACCACAAACACAUCACCAGCAACAACAACACAAUCACCAUAAUCAGCCUAUCCAUCCUCACGCCUUCCUCAAUACAUGCAUUGAUGAUAACAACUACAAGCUGUUAUCCAUCCUGGGUGUGGGUGCAUAUGGUAUCGUGUACCAAGCCCGUCAUCUCAAGACCGGUGAAUUAUACGCCGUCAAAUUGUUGACUCACAGCAAUAAGCAAAACGAAACCGAGAUCCAUCGGCUGGUAUCGAACCAUGACAACAUUCUCAAAUUCAUCAAGCGUGUUGAUAUGGGGACAUGGACGUUCUUGGUAUUGGAGCAUGCUCCUCAUGGCGACUUGUUUAAGGCACUCACACACCCAUCCAAUCCAAUCAUUGGCAAUGAUCGUGCCAUUCGCCACAUCUUUUUGCAGCUGCUAGAUGCUGUACAGCAUUGUCACACACAUCAUGUUGCUCAUCGUGAUUUGAAACCUGAAAACAUCCUUGUAUUUCCAGAGCACCAUAUCAAACUUGCUGACUUUGGGCUUGCCACCACGCAUGCUGUAUCUGCAGAAUUUGGAUGCGGGUCAUCCUUUUACUUUUCACCAGAAUGUCAAGGUGGUCUUAUCAGAAAUCAUCAACGCAUCAAAGGAUAUGGAACACAACAAAAUGAUAUAUGGAGCCUGGGUAUCAUCCUUAUCAAUCUUACUACAGGACGCAAUCCCUGGAAACAAGCCAACCUGAAUGACUCCUCUUUUGCCGCUUAUUGCCAUGCCAACCGACCUGGCUUUUUCCGUGUUAUCCUUCCUUCUAUAUCAAAUGAGCUUGAAGCUAUUCUCGAACGCAUUUUCUGCUUGGAUCCAGCACGUCGAAUUGGGUUACCUGAAUUACGUCUUCGUAUUCUUCAGUGUCGUUCAUUCACUCUUUUGGGUCAACAACAACAACAACAACAACAAAAAGUGCAUGUACCAUCCUCUGUAUUUCCUCCUUAUGAGCAACCAGCAUGCACCAAAAUCACCCUUUCUCGUUCCACUGUACUUGACGACAUCCAAGCGUAUGCUACUCCCUUCUUGACAGUCUCCUCCUCAUCAUCAUCCAUCCAUCACAACGAAUGCCCAGCCACUCCAGGCAAGGAGGAGAUGAGGAUGUCACUCCUGUCUACUACUACUAAUAAUAAGUACGCUGCUGCCGAUCAUCCUGAAAUCCAACGUACUUCUUAUUUUUAUGCAACAACAGCAACAACCCCAUCAUUGCAUGUAGUCCAAUAG